CGGUGACGUCACUGUCCCAGAAUGCAGUCGGGUAAACAGACAUGGAAGCACCAGAUGAAGACCUCCUCAUAGGCUGAAUCCUGUAUUUGUUUCUCUUCCACCGUCCUGUGUCUCAUCUACUCUGUGUUUCUAAUUGCUUUUUCUAAACCUGGUGUCACAUUUGAAACUCCAGCAUCCAGCUUGACGGUGAGACUAAAGUUCUUGUUGAUCCGGUGCGGCCGCUAAUGACUUGUACUGUCAGGCUUGAGCUGCUUCCUCUCUGAGGCUAACAUGCUAACGUAACAGUUAGCCUUCAUUGCUGUGCGGUAACACAGAGCCACAUUGGAAAUAGCUGUUUUUUAUGCCGUAACUCCUUAUAGACAAUCUGUAUUUUGUUUGAUAUUGAACUUGUAGUUAAUUUAGGGCAUUUAUAGUUUAUAUAAAUUAAGUAUAAAAAUGUAGUUAUUGUGUAGUCCAGGUGUAGCAAGAAGUUGGAGCAGCGUUAGCUAAUUGUGUCCUCUAGUUGUUGACCGCUCGCAGUUGUCUGUUACGAUUGCUUUUGAAUUUACGAAACACGGUUUCCUAUGAAAUUUUAAUAUUCUUAAAAUUUUGGAACGGAUUGCCUUUCACUGGGUUUUAAACAAUACAGAAUAACAGCCUAAUCAAAUUUAGGCCUUGAAAUGAUGGGGUGUUCACACGUUUGCAUUGAAGUCCUUUUUUGGUUUUACAGCAGACACUGUAAACUCUCAACGUAUUGGUAUGACUUUUAAAUUUAAAGUAAAUGUGUUGAUGUAGUUAUUUUCAAAUCAAAACUGGCAUAUUAUUCACUUCAAAAUGGCAUUAAAGACAAACAACUAAAACUAAUCGAGAUAAAAUGACACCAGUUUAAUACAAAAAAUGAAGUGCAUUGAAAUUAAAUAAAAUUCCAAAUUGAAUACAUUAGUUUUCCUCCUAAACUAGUCCACGGUCUCCACAGAACUAUAUGGAAGAGCAGAAUUCCAGAACAUAGAUCCUACAACAGCGAAAACACUUAUCACCUGUUUCAUGUCUAAAUGUGAGUGAAAAGACACUUUUAAAUUCAAAUUUCAUUGAAAAUAUAAUUUUUGGACUACCAUUUUAUUUUUCAUUAUUAAAUUUUUUUGUAUAUAUAAGUGUGGAUUAAAUUUGAUAAUAGGCAUAAUUUAAAUUUUUUUUGCUAAAUCCUUGAAUUUAUAAAUCUAUUUCAAAAAGUUAAAUUGUGUAAACCUAAGUCUUUUUAAAAGUCAUCUGAUAUAUAUAUCAAUUAGAAAAUAUACAAAAGUUCAAAGCUUUUAAACUAAUUGGUUACAUAAUUUUUGGAAAUGAUCUUUUACAGGUUUUGUUGCGUAAAUAUGUUUUUCCAGAUUAACCUUCUUAGAGCAGUGGUGUCCAAUCCUGGAUCCAAAUGUCCACUACUUUGCAUGGUUAGGUUUUUCUGCUGCAGCACACACGUCCUCUGGUUCUGCACAAGUCCAUCCAUCAUCCAUUGAUUCGUAACAAGUUUGUUGGAGCACAUAAGCAAACAAAACAUAGAAGAUAGUAGCUCUCAUGGACCAGGAUUAGACACCUCUGGCUUAGGUUAGCAGUUUGAAACACGUCUAGCCAUUAAUUAACCGUUAAUGGUUAAAUAAUGUUAAUCAAAUUAACAUAAUGUAAUAACUGAUUGAACUGAAGCUUCAAUAUUAGUUUCUGCAUAACCGAUAUGGCCUAAAGGGAGAACUUAAUCUGGGAUUAACAGACAUUUGGCAAUAUUUAACAGAUUUUUCAGUCAUAAUAACAGAAAACGGCUAAGUGGUGAUGGAAACAAAUUCUUAGUUUUAAAAAAAAUUAAAAGCUACUUUCAUUCCUCCAAGAACUGACAUGGAUGAUUUGUCUGGCAAGCCAUUGUGUAAAUGUGACAAUGUAUUCUGUAUGUGUUCCCCUACAUCCCCUUACAGCCCCAGGCGUGGCGCUGCGCCAUGGCCGAAAUUCCAGCACACAGAUGCACGGAAGAGAAGCACUUUGCGCGCACAACAACCUCCCCUCACUCGCUCUCACGGACAACGCACGAAAGCUAAACGGUCUGCUAAGCAAAAAUAUGUGACAUACAAACUAGGGCUGCAGCUAUAGAAUAUUUUUGUAAUCGAGUACUCUAUCGAAUCUUUUAUCGAUUAAUCGAGUACUCUAAUAAAUUACUCUUUUGCGUUUUGUAAACCCUUAUAUCAAAUAGCAUGUUAUAAAAUAUGAAAGACCUCUUGAAAUGAGCAAGCAAUUGCCAGUUAUUCUUCAAGUUUUAUUCAAAUUUUGUUUUCAAAACUUCAGCACUUCAACUUUACUUCACAGUAAACAAAUGCGAGCGGCUGCGGUCCAAACAGAACCAGAACCGUUCACGGCGCAUGCGCAAACAUGGCUCGCCAGCUGUUUCCCUAUUAACACACGUCCGUUUUAAUUUCUACACUUUAUUUUUCUCACACUAACAAGGAUUGUCGAAAGCAUGUUUGCCAUGGUUAUGUCAAAUUGUACUGAUCACCAAACAUUUAUUUACUUCCUUUUGUUUUCCUCCGUCACUCUCAUAAAUACCCGUGUCCUCCUGCAGCAUUCCAGAGGGACAACGGACAUCAAUAACAACACAGUAAAAAGUCUGACGUGUUGUAAAAACUGCUAUUUUUUAGCACAUUUUAAGUCCGACGUGUUGCUACCAGAUGUAUGGUGUGAGCUGAAACUGAGUGCUACAAAUGAAAAAGUCGCACAGUGCCCGCAGAAUAUAUAGAAAUGCAGGCUAAAAUGCAUUAUCUUGUAGAGGCUCCGAGUCCGCUUGCAGACGUGACAUUUACAUGUGGAUGUUUGCUGGUCAGGUGCUGCAGCAUCGAGGAAUAUGGUGUGUUAGGCUAAAUCCAUUUUACAGUAUUUACACUGGAGUACAUUUUCCGCCUUACGACGUGAAAAAUGGUCCCACACCUUUGGCAUUUUGUGUCUUUUUCGCACUCCACCGGGGUCCACGUUGUCCGCCAUGGCUUAAGAGAAAGUUAAGUUACAUUCGCUACUCGCGUGUGCAUUCAGUGCAGUGUGUAUGUGCGUCACUUAUUUCGGUCCGGGUGAAACAUGACCCCGGGUGAUUGCAAAGCCAUGAAUUAAUUAAACAUGAAUUAAACGAAGCCUCGAGGCAGAGAAUUUGACUCGAGGAUUUUUUAUACUCGAAUUAUUCGAGGUACUCAAGGAAUCGUUUCAGCCCUUAUACAAACGUGUUCUAAAGCAGUGGUUCCUAACCUGGGGGUCCCGACUCCCACAAGGGGGCGCCAAAGCCUCUCAGUGGGUCGCCAGGACCUCUCCACUUUAAGGGGUUAAAACUUCAUUUAUUACUUGUUUAUAGCCUACAUUUUGCUCACAUUUUUUUUUUCAUGAGUGAAAAGUUUACUGAUAUUAAGACAGGAAAUAAUUAGUACAGAAAAAGUAACACACUUUUAAGCACAUUUUGCUCAGCUCACUGUUUUAUUUUCAAGUGUCAAAAGUUCAUUAAAGAUAGGACUGGUUGAUUAAUCACAGCCUUUACAGUAAAUAAUCUAGUAUAAACAGUAAUAUACACAUUUAAGUACAUUUUGCUCAGUGUAUUUUUUAUGUGUCAAACGUUUAUUGAAAGGAAUGAUUAAUUUAUCGGUGUUUACAAGAAACAAUGUGUUCAGAAAAGUAAUACAAACUGUCAAGCACAUUAUGCUCUGUUUGGUUUUGUUAAUUACUUUGUUCUGUACUGGAGCCUGCUUUUACUGUUAUCUAUUGAAUCAAAGCAUAUUAAAAUGUGCUUGAACAAUUUUAUCAUUUGUUAAUACUGUUUGUACUGGAAGAGAGAAUGGGAGGGAGUCGUCAAAAAUUUUACUGGUAAAAAACGGGGUCCCUUGGGAAAAAGGUUGGGAACCACUGUUCUAAAGGUAAUAACAUCGCCACCGCUACUGAUGUUGCUACACCAAUGUUAGCAGUAGGGAUUAGGGAUAUGUAUUGGUGAAAUUCUGGCGAUACAAUGCGUAUUACGAUACAGGGGAGACGAUACAAUAUAUCACGAUAUAUUGCGAUACAUUCAGUCGGACGAUAUUGGCGAUUUUUUUGACUAAAUUUAUUAUAGGAAAAUUCACUAAACAGUCCAAACUGAUACUUAACAUGUUUAACCAUAGCAGAGGGAUUUAUAUUUCAAUGGUAGAAACAAAAACCAUUACACACUGCUGCCAACUAGUGGUCGGUGUUUGAAUUGCACCACAAGAAAAGAAAAUACCCAAAUAUUUCCAUGUAAAUUCUUCCAAAAAUUAGAUACACGACUUUUGAAUAGCGAUACAUUUUUGCAAGGAAAAAUAUCACGAUAUAUUGCAAUAUCGAUAUUUUCGAUACACGGGUUUUGAAUAUCGAUAUAAUAUCACUGGGGAAAAUAUCACGAUAUAUUGCCGUAAUCGACAAUUUCUUACAUCCCUAGUAGGGAAAUAUCGAUAUGGCAAUAUAUCGUGAUAAUUUUCCCUGCGAUUAUUACAUCGAUAUUCAAAAGCCGUGUAUCUAAUUCCUGAAAGAAUUUACAUGCAAACAUUUGUGUAUUUUCUUUUCAUUUUGCGCAAUUCAAUUGCCACCCGCUAGUUGGCAGCAGUGUGCAGUGGGUUUUGUUUCCACCACUGAAAUGUAAAUCCCUCCAUCAUGGUUCAGAUACCUCAUGUUAAACAUUUUACGUAUCAGUUUGGACUGUUUAUUGAAUAUUCUUACAAUAAAUUCAGUAAAAAAAAUUGCUUGUAACGUCUGACUGAAUGUAUCGCAAUAUAUCGUGAUAUAUCGUAUCAUUUCCCCUGUAUCAUGAUAUGUAUCGUAUCGCCAGAAUUUAAAAAAUACUCAUCCCUAGUUAGCAGCUAACAAGAGGUAAACUUACCGAAGCGACUUUUUGUUCUCCGCCAUGACGUGCUUCUUAAGGUGCUCGUGCAUCGCUGAUGGCUCUCGUGAAAGGAGAGUUUCACUUUGCAGAGUUUGCACUCUAUGGGCCUUUCUUUUGUCUUUGUAUAAUGCUCCCAAAUUUAUGAGUGACAUUGCCCACUCGCCAUGUUUUCUUUCUCCGAUGACUAAUCGAAUGCUGAUCUGGAUGGCCACUACACAUCCGCCUUGGCGCUAAAGCGGCGACUGAGCAGAAAGGCUGGAAGCAACCGCCGAACGUGCCGCAGUUUUGUUUGUAAAAUAAACUAUGUGUCGACUGUUAAAUUAAUAGCCGACUAUUUUAUUUGUCUACAUCAUCAUGAUGAGUCGACUAAUCGUGGCAGCCUACACCAGUCAGAUCAGAACUGUGGAGGUUCCAGUGGAGCGUGGCUAGACUGACACGCAGAGCAAAAUAAUUUUGCUUCUGCUACUGUCCAUCUAGAUUUCUAGGCUUAUGAAGGAUGGCAGUGUGGAGUGAGAGGGUUAGAGCUUGAUCACGCAAACAUUUAAAACAUUUUUCAUUUGAUCUCAAAUACUAUUAUGUUUAUCAAUCUGAAAUAAUGUUACUCAGGAGGAACAAGCAGGGUGUGAAAUUUGAUACCAGACUUACUAAUCAGUAGAUUUUGACUGCAGGAAUUUGGGUAUAUUUUGUGUAAAACCUUUCUUCAAAUUUCUGUUUUAGUGAACUUUUAAAUUUGGACAACAAAAAUGCAACUCCAAACCAAACUACAAGCCAAAUUUACUUAUUUUCAGACACAUUCGGUUAUUCUAUGUUUAAGUUGCUGAUUCAAUUCUGAAAAUGUUCCUGAAAAAUCCUGUGCAAUAAAUAACAUCAUCAAUAGAAAUAGAAGAUCAAAUCGCCCUACAUUCUUAAAUUUGUUUCAGUGUUUUAUUUUUAAACACACGUUUUCACUAUCAGAACUUCUGGGUUAUUUUACCAGACCUUCAUGGCAUGCGCAUUACUCCAUUUCACAUGGGCCGGCUCAGAAGGACCGUUUUUCGGGCCAUUUCAGGAACCAGCCAAGUACCAGAACUGAGAUUUCCUCUCCAGCGUGUGUCAGUCAACAGUCACCCAAACCGAAGAGGAUCAACUGAUCAAGUCAAAAAGAGUUUUCUGCUUUUUUAGAAAUUUGCUAAGCGGAAAGAAUGUCGGAAAGGGCCGAGGAUGACGUCAGGGGGGAGCAGCGCCGAGCGGCCAGGCAGCAGCUGAAGCAGCAGCAGAUCCAGCGGGGAGAAGGCUCCUCAGCAAUGGCGACUGUUGCGGAGCGGAGAUCGUUGCCUAGUCCAGAAAUAAUGCUGGGACAGCCUUGGAGCAGCUGGGUCGACGCCACCAAACUCCACGGACACGAUGGUGCUGAAUCGGAGGAAAGUUUCAAAGACUUGGGGAAAAAUCGAGAAGCCAUGCGUUUGUGCAGAGAAGACAUGCCCAUAUUUGGUCAAUGUCCCGCACAAGAUGACUUCUACCUGGUGAUGUGCAGCCACUGUGGUCAUGUCGUCAAGCCACAAGCCUUCCAAGCACAUUACG